AUGUCGUUAGACUUUGGUCUUCGAAAUGUCCAUGUUCUCAUUACAGGCGCGUCAGGUGGCAUUGGUCUUGAAGCCGUGCGCACAUUUCUCCAAGUCGGAGCUCGAGUGACCGCUCAUUACAACACGAAUAUCGGCGAGCUGGCUUCAUUAUCAGAUGUUGUCAGUCUCAAGGCCGACGUGCGUAAUGCCGCAGACGUGGAAAGGCUAUUUGACGAGGCCGCGAAGCAACAAGGCGGUCCUGUGAGCUGUCUUAUCGUGAAUCAUGGAGUGUUUGCGACCAAUGACGCGCACAUUGCGGAUAUGGAGAUUGAUCAAUGGGCGAACACACUCGCAGUAAAUUUGACAGGAUCAUUCAUUCUUAGCAAGGCCUAUCUACGAGCCUUGCGCUCCGCAUCUGACAAUGCGAAAGACACAGCAAGCAUUAUUUUCAUAGGCUCGACGGCUGGCAAAUUUGGAGAAGCGGGCCAUGGCGACUACGCUGCAUCGAAAGCAGCAUUGAUGUACGGACUCGUUCCUACAUUGAAGAACGAGAUCGUGUCUAUUGCACCAAAGGCGCGUGUGAACAGUAUAAACCCGGGCUGGGUCGCUACACCAAUGGCCACAAGCCUGUUGAACGAUAAGAGCAUUAUGGAAAAGGCGUUGGCGACAACACCGUUGCAGAAAAUGGCCAAGCCGGAAGACGUUGCACGGCAGAUCGUCGUGGUUGCGUCGCCAACGCUCAGCGGCCACGUCUCGGGCGUUUCCUUGAUGUGUGAUGGUGGAAUGGAAGGACGACUGCUGUUUCCGCCGACAUCAGCAUGA